AUGCCGGAACGUAACCCUGGUUUGGCUUACAUGAUGCACGUCCCCGGUGGCUGCAUGGAGGACACCGGCGAUUGCUGCUACGCGUCCUGCUGCCCGGCUUGCCACAUGGGUUCGAUCGCGGACAGAACGAACACGGGCAGCUUCUGCAUGACGGCCGCUAUCGCGAGUUGUCUCGGCCCAUUCUCGCCCCUCUACUUGAAGUGCGUCGCGAGCAAGGCUCUCGAAUCCGUCGGCGUCAAACCGGUCGGAUACGUGGAAUCCUGCUCCAUGCCGAGUUGCGUGGCGUGCCAAGUCAGCCGCGAGAUCAACGAGAGAAAGCAAAUGGGCGGCAAGACCGGCGGCGCGCCCACCGCCGCUCCGACGGCGCAAACCGUCGCGCGAUGA